CAUCUAACGAUUUCAAUAAUUGUGCCGGCAACAAGGGUAGAGAGAGAUAAAUAAAAGAAAUUGUUUACCAUGGCGGACAGCGUGGACGUAGUAGAUGCGGAAUCAAUUCGUAAUAUGAAGGUCGCCGACCUAAAGAAAGAACUCAAGGCCAGGGGCCUUUCCACUGCGGGAAACAAGAGUGAACUCACUGAGCGCCUUGAAGCCGCUCUCGGGUUGCCCAAAGCAGAUAUGAGCGACGUGCAGCUUGAUGAGAGUCUGGAUCAAGGUGUGGACGUGAAUGAUGACGAAGCUCUCCUAGAAGAGAGCCUGCUGCUUCCCACAGAGGGCAAGGCCAACAAUGGAGAUGUUCUCGCUAGCGAAGAGGAGCUGCUGGCCACGCCUGUCACGAAAGAACCGCCGGCAGCUGCAAAGAUAAGCCUGGAAGCUGGCAGCCUCGGUGCACAGUCCACAGGCGUUGCUGCUCCCGCUGCCACGCCACAAAAGACUGUUGUCACGCCUACAGCCAAGGAACCAGCCUCAACCGAAAGCGAGGCCAAGAAAGUUCGGCUGAAAGUGACCUGCCCUACCAGAAGGAGGGGGAGAGUAGUGCGGCUGAGACGCCUGGUGCUGCCAAGGUGCCCACCAAGGGACUUUCUGUGGAAGAG